GCGACGCAUUGGUUGGCCACACUGAAUGGGAGUGUCGUCACUCUGUCCAACGGGAUACGGGAAUGGAAUGAAAAUAGCACAAGGAAAUAGUAGUGUAGGCAUCGUCAGUACACUCCACAGUUGGGCUUCGUUUCCGCCAACAAGAUAAGAAACUCUCAGUGUUUCCUGCAUUAAUCAUGAACUACUACAGGUCAGAGCCGACUGUGGUGCCAUUCAAUGGAUUCAACGCGGCUGAGGAUGGAACUGCGCUCCGAGCCGCCAUGAAGGGGCUAGGCACGAAUGAGCAGGCCAUCAUAGACAUUCUCACCAAGCGUUCCAAUGCCCAGCGUCAGCAGAUUGCCAAGUUCUUCACUGAGGAGUAUGGCAGGGACCUCAUCAAGGAUCUGAAGAGUGAGCUAGGGGGCAAGUUCGAGGAUGUGAUCGUGGGCCUAAUGUCGCCCCCUGUGGAGUACCUCUGCAAGGAGAUCAACAGGGCCAUGAAAGGAAUGGGCUGUGAUGAAAUGGCCCUCGUAGAGAUACUCUGCACUCGCAACAACAAAGAGAUCAAGGAGAUCAACGAAACCUACGAGAAGUUGUACGACCGCCCGUUGGCUGAGCAUGUGUGCAGCGAGUCAAAGGGUGACUUCAGAAGAUUCCUUACUCUUAUUGUUACAGCUGUACGUAACCCUCCUGGUCAUGUAACUCCUGAUAAAGCCAAGGAACAGGCUGAAGCUCUGUAUGCUGCAGGUGAGGGUAAGUUGGGGACCAACGAGGAGGUGUUCAACAAGAUCCUGGCCCAUGAGAGCUACGAGCAGCUGCGCUUGGUGUUUGACGAGUACAAGAACAUCUCAGGGCGUACACUGGAACAGGCCAUCAAGGAUGAGCUGAGCGGGCCCUUGCAUGAUGCCAUGAUGGCUGUCGUGCAAUGUGUUCAGAACCCGUUGACGUUCUACGCCAAACAGCUCCACGACGCCAUGGCCGGAAUGGGCACCAAGGACUCGACACUCAUCAGGAUCAUCGUCAGCCGCAGUGAGAUCGACCUCGGAAACAUCAAGAAGGAGUACGAGCGACUCUACGGCAAGACACUGGAGAGCGUCGUCAAGAGUGAAACAUCAGGGGACUACAAGAAAGCUAUGGUGUCUUUGAUCGGCGGUCCUUAAACUAUUCGUCUUCGUUUUCAUUCCUUUACCCAGCGAUUUUAAACUUUAAACUUUGUGCCUGAACAAUAUAAGAAAAAGUUAAUUAUAUAUCUCAGGUUAUAAUUAUAUGUUAUAUUCCUUGUUAUAAAACUGUUAAGAAACAAAACCAGAUAAUGUUCAUAUAAAUUGUACGUAAUGAUGUAAGAACAUAAUUUUUAAGGUACAGUACUUAGUUUUAAAUCUUAGUUUGUUUUAAUCUUACAUGUUGUCAUGUCUUCGUGCAUUCAUUUGCAUGAAUCUCAGGUUGCUUGAUCUGUUUUCAAAUGUCCUUUUAUAAAUGUUAUAUAUAAAUUGUAAUAUGUUGUGUGCAUUUAUAUUGGAAAAAAUAUUUUACAUUAUGAAUACAAUUUAUUCAAUGUUACUAAAUAAAGUAUUUGUUGUUGUAA